CCCCUUCUCUGGCUCCUUUGGUUGCAUUCCUCUCUUUGUAUUUAAACAUCCGGGUUUCCCUACUGGCUGUGCUUUACUCUCCUCUCCUCACACAGAAGCCAUUUUGGACUCAGUUCAGUUUUUUGCAUGUGAAUUUCAGAGGUAGUGUCUCUCUGUCCAUUCACUGUUUUAGGGGUAAAAAGAAAACACGUUAACCAAGCGUGCAAAAGAAUGACAUUUCUGCAGGCACAGACGCUUUUAAACAACCAACGUUAGUAUUUGGAAAUGUUUGCUUCCUCGAUGGAUUUUUUUACAUUUUAAAGUUUAGUUUUUUUCCCCAGUGCAAUUUUGUUGCAUGGGGGCUAUACACACAAAAGCAAGGCAAACUCUUUCUCGGUACAGUGGACAUUGGGUGGGGGUAGGGUCAUUUGGCAAAUCACCUUUUUAAAUGUUCGAAAAGGAUACCAAUAAGCGUUUUAAAAGGAGAAAAUCUGGUGCCGUACUUGUCUCUUAAAUUCAAGGAAUAUGUUUGCGUCCUGGUUCACUUUUAUACUUCUUUGGGGGACUUUUUGUGCAGGGCCUGGUCGCGGGGAGGCGGAGACCAGAGAGUGUAUUUAUUACAAUGCCAACUGGGAUCUGGAGAAGACCAAUCGGAGUGGAGUGGAGCGCUGCGAGGGGGAGAAGGACAAGCGCCUCCACUGUUACGCUUCCUGGCGCAAUAACUCUGGCACCAUUGAGCUUGUGAAGAAAGGCUGCUGGCUGGAUGACUUCAACUGCUAUGACAGACAGGAGUGUGUGGCCACAGAGGAAAACCCCCAGGUAUUUUUUUGCUGCUGUGAGGGCAACUACUGCAAUGAGAAAUUUACCCACUUGCCUGAAGUUCUUGAACCACAAGUUUCCUUUGAGCCCCCUCCCCCCAUGCCCUCUCUGCUGAAUAUCCUGGUGUACUCCCUGCUUCCCAUCACCGGCCUCUCCAUGGCAGUGCUGCUGGCUUUCUGGAUGUACCGACAUCGCAAACCCCCGUAUGGGCACGUCGAUGUGAACGAGGAUCCUGGACUAGCCCCACCCUCGCCUCUGGUAGGCCUGAAGCCCCUGCAGUUACUGGAAAUUAAAGCUAGGGGGCGCUUUGGCUGUGUGUGGAAGGCUCAGCUAAUGCAUGAAUAUGUAGCAGUGAAGAUCUUCCCCAUUCAGGAUAAGCAGUCAUGGCAGAACGAGAGGGAUAUUUUCCUGACUCCUGGAAUGAAGCAUGAGAAUCUGCUCUACUACAUUGGAGCAGAAAAGAGGGGAGUGAACCUGGAGAUGGAGCUGUGGCUCAUCACAGAGUUUCACGAGAGGGGCUCCUUGACCGAUUACCUGAAGGGGAACGCGGUCAGCUGGAAUGAGUUGUGUCACAUUUCGGAGACGAUGGCCCGCGGGCUGGCCUAUCUGCAUGAGGAUGUGCCCCGACACAAGGGAGAGGGCCCCAAACCUGCCAUCGCCCACAGGGAUUUUAAGAGUAAGAAUGUGUUGCUGAAAACAGAUCUGACCGCCAUCAUAGCAGACUUUGGGCUGGCUGUUCGGUUUGAACCUGGGAAGCCACCAGGAGAUACACAUGGACAGGUGGGGACGAGGAGAUACAUGGCUCCAGAGGUGUUGGAGGGGGCAAUCAACUUCCAGAGGGAUGCCUUUCUCAGAAUAGACAUGUACGCCAUGGGGCUGGUUCUCUGGGAGCUGGUGGCACGAUGCACUGCCUCUGACGGCCCUGUAGAUGAGUACACGUUACCGUUUGAAGAGGAGAUUGGGCAGCACCCGUCCCUGGAGGACUUGCAGGAAGUAGUUGUCCACAAAAAGAUGAGGCCUGCUUUCAAGGACUGCUGGCUGAAACAUUCUGGUUUAGCGCAGCUGUGCGAGACGAUCGAGGAAUGCUGGGACCACGACGCAGAAGCCCGUCUAUCGGCAGGGUGCGUGGAGGAACGCAUCUCCCAGGUCCGAAGAUUGACGCACGGCACUACCUCGGAUUGCCUGGUUUCCAUGGUGACUUCUGUCACCAAUGUGGACUUGCCACCCAAAGAGUCCAGUAUCUGAAUCCCGGUCAAACCCUCAUUUUUCCAGACUCGGUGGAUUUCAGAAAACCGGGGAAAAAACAAACAUGAUUGCAGCUGCUAUUUUUUUUUUAUUAAUUGUUGUUGUUGUAUUAUUAUUAUUAUUAUUAUUAUUAUUAUUAUUAUUAUUGGUGUUGUUAUUGUUGUUGUUAUUAUUAUUUUGGAUCCGAUCAAUAUUACCAGCACACUUCUCUACUGUAUUUUUUUUGAGAGACAAAAAAAACAAACAUAUGCGGUCAUCUCAAACACAUUCAGGUGCGACCAAUGAAUGCUGAAAAAGGUGCAGGUACCUCAAAUAUUUCAUUUGUCACUUUUUUUGAUUUAUUUUAAUUUUUUGUAUUUUUUUGUUUUUGGAAGUUUUUUUAUUUGGUCUUCUAGACAGGGGACCGUCUGACAAACGAAAAAUGAAACCAUCUACCAUCUCAGACAAUUACAAUGCUGCAAAACCUUGGAGGAAACUGAAAAGACUGUUAGACAAUUUUACACCUUCAAGGGACUACUCAUUUCUUUUACGUGUGUGUGUGUGUGUGUGUGUGUUUUAUGAAAGCGAGUGCUCAACAAAAUAACGGUAAACGUGUCUUUUAUGGAACUAACGGGUGUCAUAGUAACAGAAAAAAGGCAAAAGACAAACUUUUUUUUUUUU